UGGAAUUACUGCUGUCCAGAUCAGACUGAUGCUACUGGGACGGAAAAUAACAUAAACACCCACUAAAACUUUUUCACUUAGACCUGCUUGGUUUUUUGUUUUACUUUGAUAAAGGAAGCUCUGGAUGUCUCACCGUUAAUUUAGUUAUUAAAACCCUGUGUUAUUUGGAUUCUAAUUGCUGGUGGUCUUUACUUUAUAACUUCACAUGCACUAGUGCUAGACCUCCAGCAGUCAACACCCCUCACGCGCACUGCAGUUUCGGCUUGAUGUCUGAGUGGGUCCGGAAGAUGCUGCAGUCCUGAUGGAACGUUUAAACGGCAACAUUAUGCGUUUAUUUUUAAUCUAGUAACAGAUAGCAGUUUGUUGACGAGGAAUGAGCGACAUGAAUAUGAAGUCGUGCGUCGCAGCCGUGUGAAUUGCAGAUUUUUUUUUUCUCCUGUUCAAUGAUGUAGCUACAUUUCCUCCGCUCAGCUGCCUAUGGAGUGGGUUAAACCAUCCCUGCUGGAUUUAUAUUGCUUUAUAUGUGUCUUCCAAGUGUUUUCUGACUAGUAAAUCUCUCUGAUCGUGUAAUAUUAAUAUGGAGGGUGACAUUCCAGUCAUAUUAGAGCAGUUCAUGAGCAGCUCUCUUGUCACUUGGGUUAAGACAUUUGGUCAACUAGGUGACAAAGAGGGGAACAUGCUCUCUGAAUACACUGAAUUAGUGGAUGGAAUAUUCUUGAACAAGGUCAUGAAUCAAAUAAAUCCCAAAGGGACUGUUCAAGUUUUAAACAAAGUGUACAAUGAUGUCGGCCAGAGAGCUCAAAACCUGUCUGUUCUCAUUUACCACAUCAAAUCAUACUACCAGGAGACUCUGCAACAGUUGAUUAUGAUGUCUCCUCCCAAUGUGCUGCUGCUGGGCAAGAACCCGCUCUGUGAGGAAGGUCUAGAAGAGAUCAGGAAGUUGCUGCUGCUGUUGCUUGGCUGUGCUGUGCAGUGCGAAAGAAAAGAGGAGUAUAUCGAGAAGAUACAAUGUCUUGAUUUUGACACAAAAGCAACAAUCGCAGCUCAUAUCCAAGAGGUGACUCAUUGUCAGGAGAAUGUGUUUGAUCUGCAUUGGUUGGAGAUGGAGGAUGUAUGUCCAGAUGAAUGGGAAAAUCUCUGCAGAAGUAUGAACAUUAAUCUCAAAAUGUUAGUGGACCAGCGAGACCGGCAAUUUGAGGUCAUCGUGGAGCUGAUGCAGGGGAAAGAGACGAUGAAGUCUGUAGUGUUUGGUGAUGACUCCUCCCUCACAGAGUCCGCUAACAGCCAGCUCCCUUUAUCCCAGCAGCAUCUGGCACUAGAGCUGACGGAUGCUAAAGCCAAGACCAAACGCCUCAGACAGGAGCUAGAGGAGAAAAGUGAACAGCUCUUAGACUGCAGGCAGGACCUGGACAGUGUGGAGGCGGAGCUUAAAAGACUCCAGCAAGAGAAUAUGCAGCUGUUAACAGAUGCACGAGCAGCCAGGAUGUACCGUGAUGAGCUAGAUGCGAUGAAAGAGAGAGCCAUCAGAGCAGACAAACUGGAAAGUGAAGUGGCUCGCUACAAAGAUAAACUUCACAACAUGAACUUUUACAAAACCAAACUGGAGGAGCUAAAGGAGGAUAAUCAGGUGUUGAUGGAAAGUAAGGCCAUGCUGGAGGAACAGCUACAGAGCAUCAAAUUACGAUCUGACAAACUGCACCAUCUGGAGAAACACAACCUCCUACUAGAGGCAAAACUUCAUGACAUGGAAGAGGAAAGAACUGUGGACAGGAGACAAAUAGAGGAGCUGCUGGAAAAGAACAUCAUAUUGGAGCUCUCUCAGAAAAGUAGUAUGGAGGAAUCACAGCGCUUGGGCUGGGAGCUAGAACUCGCCAAGAACCCUCAACAGAAUUCAGGAACAGAGCUGAAGUCUUUGGGCCAGGAGGUAACUGAAAAGACAUGGAGCAGGUUGCUGAAACUGGAGAAGGAGAACCAGAGGUUGUUGAAGUCCCUGGAAGAACUUCAAGGAACCAGUCACCCACUGGAUGAGUUUAUUUCUAAAUCUAAAAAUAUUGAGGAAAAUGGGAGGACCAACAAUCAGUCCCUUGACACAGAACAUCUACAUGCAUCCUUGGAAAAUACUAACGGCAAUCUUCAUUGUCUUGAAGUAGAGCUCCAUGAAUUCAAUUUAAACCAAAACCAAGGUCAAGUAGAUAUAGAAAACAAAGGUCUAGUGCAUGAAAAUGGACAUCUGGAGCAAGAUAGGAGUUGUCUGGAGAAGGAGAAUCGGAGAUUGCAGCAGCAAGUGAAGAUCCAGGAGGCCUCGUUGAAUAGUAGCAGUUUGAAGUUGGCAGUUCUAGAGAAGGAGAACCGUACCCUGGUUAAAAAGACUACCUAUCUUAGUGAGGCCUGUGCCAAGAACAAAGAACUGGAGAAGGAAAACCAGGAGCUGAUUCAACAGGCUGGAGUAGACAAGAGGACGCUGAUGACUUUAAGAGAGGAACUGCUGGACCAGAGGCUGAAAUUGCAACAGAAAGAAUCUGAUGUUGAGAAAUUGAAUUAUGAGCUGGAGAGGAUGAAGUUAAACCAGGAGAAACGAAUGGGAGAUCACGAGGCAGUAGACCAGGGUAAGUGUAAGCAGUUGGAGUCAGAGCUGGAGUCUUCUCUAAUGAAAUCCCUGAAGAUUAAAAAAGAGAGAAUGGCUGCCCUGGAGGCCCGUCUGCAGGAAUCGGCCAAGAUAAACCAGCAACUACGACAGGAUCUCAAAACUGUCAAACAGAACUAUGAGGCAUUGCUUCAGAGGGAGGAGGAGGAAAAGGCAGGACAAUGCUCUCCACCAGAGAGGGCAUGGCACAGAGACAGUCAGGAGGCCACGUGGGCAUUGCUUAAGGUCAAAGAUCGACUCAUUGAGGUGGAGAGAAAUAAUGCAACAUUACAGGCUGAGAAACAGGCACUGCAAACACAACUGCAGACCUUGCAGGCACUGUCAGAUGGGUUGCAGGCACAAAUAAUUGCAUUGCAACACCAGACGGCUUCCUUGCAGGAGAACAACACAGCACUGCAGACACACAAUGCACAACUGCAGGUAGAGAAGUCCACUUUAUCUUCCCAGAAUUCCUCUCUGAUGGCCCAUAAUGAACGGCUACAGCGGGAACGGCAGAGUUCUGAGGCUGAGAGGGAGGGUGCACUACGGGAGAGAGAAGAUCUGCGCACCGUUAAUGAACUUCUUCUCCGGGACCACGAGAGAUUGAGCGUCCUGCAUGAGAGACAGUCAGCAGAGUUGGAGGUGCUCUCCCACAGGUACUCAACAAUGGAGAACAGUCACCGAACACUGGAGAUAGAGCACAGAUCACUGGAGGACAGGUACAACACGCUACUUCAACAGCGCGCUCAGCUGGAGGGGUUAGAGAGAGCUCUCAGAGAAGAACAGCAGAAGAUGCAGAAUGAAAUAUGCACAAACAGGAACACAACAACAGAGUGCCAAAGACUCAGAGAUGAGAAAGACUGGCUGAAUCAGAUCUACCAGAAGCUGUUGGCAGAGAAUGAGGGACUUCAGGUUGAGCACAAGAGCAUAAAGAGCCAGUUGAACUCCAGCAAACUGGAGCAGACACAGCUGGAGUCAGAGCUGUCCAAACUCAAAGAGCAGAACCAGCAGCUGGAGAUCACUACUAUUAAACUGACCAACCAGUGUGAGUUGCUGACCCAGCUGAAGGGGAACUUGGAGGAAGAGAACCGCCACUUGCUGGACCAGAUCCAGAGCCUGAUGCUGCAGAACCGGACCCUACUAGAUCAGACUAUGGAGAGCAAGGAUCUGUUCCAUGUGGAACAGAGACAAUAUAUAGACAAACUGAAUGAACUCAAAAGGCAGAAGGAAAAGCUGGAAGAGAAAAUCAUGGAUCAGUACAAGUUCUAUGACCCAUCGCCUCCACGCAGACGAGGCAACUGGAUAACGCUGAAGAUGAGGAAGUUGAUGAAGACGAGGGCUCGUGAUCAGGAGCACGUCCAUUCUCCAACUCUCCGGUCCGAGUCAUGCGAGGGUCUGGAUGACCUGCGCUGCCAUGACAACGGCUCCUUCGUGGGUUCUCAGGGCUCAGAGGAAUCUGCUCCCAACUCCCUUAAUGGUGACACCGUGUCCCCCAAGCGGAGCAGCAUCUGCGCCCUGAAAAUGUUUCAUGUUAAGCGUAACAAACCAAAGGAUAAAGACAAAGUCAACUCUAUCUUCCGCCGAUCUCUGUCAAUGAAUGACCUGCUGCAGUCACAGGGAUGUUUGGAUGAGGACUCCGGGCAGCAGGAAGAUCAGCUAGAAGAGCAAAUAAUGCAGCAUACCAUUGCCAUUUCAAAAAAACACUCCACAUCUUCAUCAUCAUUUCCACCCUACUCUUCCAUAGACAAUCAUACAACAAUUUGUAAUCAAGGUAACGAUUUUCAAGGAGACACAAUUCCACCAAGUCUUGCAAUUGGCGCAGAAGGCCAAAACCAUGCUGGCCUGAAUGGCAAAUCGAGUCGUGCCCCCAGUGCGAGCAGUGGUGAGUUCAGCGUGAGCCUGGAGAACGAGGCCUGGUCCAGUGAUGGCAGCCCCCUUCCAGAUCCAUUCCCGUCCAACCGGCACCAAUUCAGUAACUCCCCUUCACCAGCACGACCCAACCACGAGGAGCUCAGGCAGGGUUACUGCUCCUCAGGGAGUGCAGUACGGAGGUCUAGCAGUGGGAGAUCCACUGGAGAUCGUUUAGCACAAAAGCUGGACAAAGCAAGCAUUGGACUGUAUAAAACUCAGAGCGUGCAAAGUACAGAGUCUGAUCCUAAACCUGCUCUCGAGACACAAGGAAAGUCCUCCUCUGUAUCAGGGUGUUUGAAUUGCUUUGCUACUCCGAUGCGAAGCCCCAAAACAGGCCAGGCUCUGUCCACUUUACCCCGCGCCAGCUGUGUCAUCUCCACGUCAGAGGGCAACAGUCGCCGUGCCAGUGUCCAUAGCACUAUGUCAGUGAAGUCAGUGGGGUCGGCGUCAAAUAAGAACGGCGCUGAUCCUCAUAUGACUCAUCCUGACCACAGUGACGAGGUUUUAAAAGGAAGCCCUGUCUUGGAAGAGGAUAACCGCAAACCGGAACACCUUUUUGAUUCAGCAUUCACCAUAGAUUCAGUCUUUACAAACACAAUUUUCAGUGAGUCAAGUUAAGGUGAUACAAAAAUAUGUUCUAAGAAGGUUUUGCCAAUGUUUAUAUUAAGUUCUGAAAACAUUAUUUAUCUGAAUGUUCAAAACGUCCAGUUUUUUAAACAUUUGUUUCUGGAUUUCUGAACAUUCUGAAACAAGUAGUAACAUUAAAAUAAAUGUUAGAUGAGCAUCCAAUUAAAAUGUUUCAGAAAAAAAUGUUCCAUGAAUGAUGUAUAGGCCUUAUAUGUAGCUCCGCCCCUUUUCAGCACUGCGCUCCUUGUGUUCUGUCUUUCCGAUUUAUAUUUCUACAGCAUGAAGGUAAGAUCUUACAGAUUUAUGAAUAAACCGCCAGUUUUAAAAUCUUCCCGUCUACUGACAUUUGUUAUGACAUCCACUUCAAACAUCACAAUGCUCAUGAUAACGUUCGACAACUCUACACUAAGUAAAUCCACUUCACCAGCUAAUUGCUCUUCGACAGUGAUGUCAUUGAAACAUGCAGAGCUUCCGCAAAAAUUGAAGUUCAAACACAAAAUUCUUAAGAUGGCUGCGCGCUUGUUUCUCUGGGACACAAGGUUUAUAAAUAAUGUUUUUGUGCUAACAUUUUGAGAAUGUUAUUAAAGACCAUAUAACUUUGAGCGAACAUUCUAUUAACUUCAUUGGAAUAAAAGUUUGUUUAUAACUUUGAGAGAACAUUGCCAGAAUGUUAGCCAAAGUUCUGAGAAUAUGCCCUUUUAGCUGGAAGUUAGAAAAGGUUUUACAGUAUGCAAACACCUCUGAUGAAAUCAGUUGUGACUUAUUUAUGCCAGAAUCAUAUAAAUAAUAUGAACAUGUGAAAGCCAAUUUAUGCACUAUGAUUAUGCCAUCUGAGGUGUAUUCAGGCAUAAUCAGUCAGGAAGCAGCCAAGAAACAAUCCUUGUCUUUGAACAAUACUUAUCUACGACCCUUAGUUUAUCUUGACGUGUUGGUUUGGUUGACAUAUUUAUUUUUUUUCUUUAUCACUCCUUGUUUUGUUUUUGUUCUUUUUUAAUGUAUUUUGUAUUGUUUGUAUUUCAUGUGUUAAAUGUUCUUUUUUUUUUUUAAAUUACAAAAAAAAAAAAAAAAAAGUGUCCCUCUGUGCAUGUAGCAUCAAUACUGCUGUGGUUCAUUUGUUCUGAUUGCUGUAUAUUACAGUCAUUUUCCCUUUUUGCAGAAUAGAAGAGCAGAGAGUGUUUUUUGUUGUCUAUUUUUAGCUGAAAUGCACCCUGUAUUUGUUAAAACCAGUAAAUAUCUCAGAGUACUUGUGUAUCUUGCUUUUUAUCUAAUUUUAAAAUGUUUUCCUUCUAACUUAAGAAAACUGCAGCUUUGUUUGCUCAUAUUGUGAUGCUUUGUGCUUAUGUUUCCUACAUCUGUUAGCAGAAGUGGUUUGAAACAUACAUAAUAGAAAAGAUUGUACGCUUUUUUGAUGAAAUAAUAAAAAUAACUUUACUAUGAGACAAAAUG